AUCAAGAAAUGUCUCCAGAAACUGUACCAGUAGCCUAUAAUACUGAGAAUGCUGAUAGUGUCCAAGUAAAUGUGUCAGAACGCAUUCCAUUACGUCGAAGUCGUCAACCGCCAUCUGUUACAUCAACCCCUAGACGCCCUCGAUGCCGAAGAAGACUCGUGCAAAAUAGAGUGUUGCCGUCCUCACCUCCGGCACAAAGGAGGACGCAACUCGUUGGUGUCACUCAUAAGUUCCUCGAGUUGGAUACUCGACGCGUCAAUUUGGAAGAAAAAUUAGUUUCCGUCAUGGAACAUUUUAUGGAGUACCAACGCGAUAUAAUCGAUGCUGUUGGGAAAUUAGGCGCGGGCAUGAGUUCUUUGGCAGAUGCCAUAAAUAGAACCAACACUUAGUUACUUUAAGUAGGUAGAUUAUAAUAGGUAAGUCAUAACUCAUAGUCAUAGUAAUG